AUGGCUUCCCGGUACAAGGACAAGGACGCCGGCGUCGUGCUGUCCUUCAACGCCAGCUGGGUCAGCUGGGCGCAUACCGUCGUGGCAUACUGUGCCUUCUUCAGCGCAUUGAUCGUCGGCGUCUCCCUCCACUAUCACAAGAUCGUCCAGAAUGAGUGGUUCGGCUACCCUCAGGAGUGGUUCCCCUCUGUCUCCUCCACCAUCGGCGACCGCUAUCCCGAACGGUCCUUCUUCAUGGUCUUCAUUGCCAUCACGUCCGGUCCGAGAUUCGCCCUCGUCACGCUAUGGUAUCUCCUCACCGCUAGACCGGGCCACAAGCUGCCCAAGUUCGUCGCCUUCAUGGGCGUCUUCCGCACGCUGACCUGCGGCGGCUGGACGUAUGUCACCUCGACCGACGACCACGACUGGCACGACAUCUUCAUGAUCUCCUACCUCGUCUCCACCAUCCCCUGGACUUUCGGCUGCAUUGCCCUGAGCCCUCCGAACCCGCAGGCGAUCAAGUACAGGAAAUACAUCUCGGGGGCCUUCUACGGCGCCAUCAUCCCGCUCGUCUACUUCUUCAUCCAGCACAAGGUUCACAGGAUACCAGGAGCCUACACGACUUACUCCUUCUUCGAGUGGUCAUUGGUCCUCCUCGACGUGGCCUUUGAUGCCGUUUCGGCUCUGGAUUUCGAGACCUUCGAAGUGCAGGUCAAGGAUACAAAGGGGCUGAGCAAGGGUGCCAACCCCUCCUCUGUCCCGACCGCCGUCCUCGAAAAGGAAAAGGAGAAGGCCACCGCCGGCAUGUUUUCUCAGCGCUUUAGCACCGGUGAGGCCCUUGACAUUGCUGCCGAUGUCUACCACGGGUUUGUCUUCUGGUCGGUUUUGACCAGUUUGGGAGUUGUCAUCUGGUACUUCCCCCUUUGGCACAUGGGUAUUUCUGGUUACGAGGCGCUCGUCAUGUCGACCAUUUCACCGUUCCUUCUCGGUAUCAGACCAUUGCGUACCCUUGUCGUCAAGAACCUGCGUGUAGUACACUUGUUAUCGCUGGCAGGUCUGUUGGCAUAUCUCGUCAAGGAUCCUGUGUACCGUCUCUUCACUGUUGGCUUCGGUGUAUGGAUGCAGUGUCUCGCCUGGACAGCCACCCUUUACUCGGAAUCCGUGCAUCCCGCACGUCUCGAGACUCGGGUUCUUGCUUGGACCAUUGGCCUGCUUAUGUCAACCAUCAUGAAGUUUGCCUGGUGGACCAACAACCCCAUCUGGCCCAUCAUGCACGCUGCCAACGGUGGGUGGAACGGCACAGGUUUGCUAAUCGCUAUUCCUGCUGCUUUGCGGUUCACUCGCAAGGCUCCCCUGAACAGCGGCGAAUCCGAGGACAGGAAGAGCGGCUCUGCAUUCUUGUCAGCAUUAGGUCUUGGUGGUCUGUUUUUCGGUCUACACAGCUUGCUUUCCGACACGAGCACGAUGAUCCUAUGGGUGUGGGAGGGCUAUCCGAUCCGUGGACCGGUGUCCAAUGUUCACGGCUGGUACACUAUCUUUGCUAUGACCGGCGGCAUCAUCCUUGGAUUCAGCAAGCCGCAGCUUGUGGGCACCUGGUCAGCCUACAUGAUUGGCGUGGUUGGUGCAGCUAUCCUUACGACCUGCAGCAACUGGUUCGGCUACUAUGGAGCUCUCACUACGGCCACUUACCUCAUGGCGACCUCUGUGCCUCUUAUUACCAAUGCGGCGAAGAAGAACCCGGGCGUCACAUUCGGCCUGGGCUUCCUGAUCUACAACUUCAUGGUGCUAUUCCAUGUCUGGGUUGUUGCGUAUGCCUUCGUCCCUGGCGGCCCACUUGUUCGUGAGCAUACCGACUGGAUCAUGACCACCAUGAUGCUGUUGAUUGGCGCCGGUGUCUUUGAUCUCAUCUCUACUCAACCGAGCCGCAAGGCCUAUGCCAAGCGACCCAUCACUGCAAACAACCACCGCAAGUACCACUUCAGCGCAUUGGGUCUUCUGAACAUCUUCUUCCUGUCUGCCGCCUUCCUUCGCUUCCCGACCAACGACUACAAGCCCUACCAUGCCGACAGCAAGCUCAUCACCGCGGGCAUCUGGACAAUCCACUUCAGCCUGGACAACGACAUGUGGUCGUCCGAGUACCGCAUGCGUGACCUGAUCAAGGAGCUCGAGGUGGACGUCAUCGGACUGCUCGAAUCGGACCUGCAGCGCAUCAUCAUGGGCAACCGCGACACGACGCAGUUCCUGGCCGAGGACCUGGGCAUGUACGUCGACUACGGCCCGGGCCCCAACAAGCACACAUGGGGCGCGGCGCUGCUCUCCAAAUUCCCCAUUGUCAACUCGACGCACCACCUGCUGCCCUCGCCCGUCGGCGAGCUCGCACCCGCCAUUCACGCCACGCUCGAUGCGUACGGCACCCUCGUCGACGUGUUCGUCUUCCACUCGGGCCAGGAGGAGGAUCCAGAGGACCGCCGCUUGCAGAGCGAGUACCUCGCCAAGCUGAUGGGCUCGACGGACCGCCCGGCCUUCCUGCUCAGCUACCUGGUGACGAAGCCGCUCGAGGGCAACUACAACACGUACGUGAGCCAGACGAGCGGCAUGAACGACGUCGAGCCGUCCGACUGGGACCGCUGGUGCGAGUACAUCCUGUACAAGGGCCUGCGGCGCGUGGGCUACGCGCGCGUCAGCCGCUCCACCAUCACCGACACGGAGCUGCAGGUCGCCAAGUUCGUGGUGCCGGCCAGCGACGAGGAGAAGGACGUCCAGCUUGCGCUGGCUCAUGACGUGCGGAACCGCAGGGUCGCGGAGCAUGAUGUCCCUGAGGGGUGGAGGUUCCCUGCCAUGUUUAGGGGCGAGGGCGUCAGGGGCCAUAGGUAUCAUGUCUUUGAUGAGCCUUGGUAUUAUAAUUAUUAA